AUGAAAUUUGUUAGUAUUAUAACCUUUUUAAUUUUCAAUUCGAUAUUAUGGAGUUUAAUUAAUUCUGUUAAAAAUAAUAAAAAUCAAAACGAGUUAACUAGAGUUGAGGAAACUUCAAAGUAUUUGAAUAAAAUAUUAAAUGAUGAUGAAGAAUCAUCGGUUAAUUUUCAAAAUCAAAAAAAUAAUGAAAAAUUAAAACCGAAAAGUAAAAUUACAAAAAAUGAAAAAACAGGAAAAAAUGAAGGAGAAAAAAAGUUAAAGAGAAAAGAAUAUUAUAAGGAUUACUAUCAGAAGAAUAAGGAAAGGAUUAGUGAUAAUCACCGAAACUACCAUAAUAAGAAUAAAGAAAAAAUAAAUCAAAUUUCAAAAAAAUAUUAUCAAAAGAAUAAAGAAAGGAUAAGCGAAAGGAGUAGAGAAUAUAAGAAAAAAUACCAAUUAAGAAUGAAAAUUGAAAAAGAAGCUCAACAAAAUGAUAGGUCAAGUGUAAGAAACGUUUUUGAUAAUAAUGAAGGAAAUUCAUUUAUUAAUAGCCAAAAUAAUGACUGUGAAAAUAAAGGAAAAGAAGCGAUUGUUUCCACAGAGAACGUUCAGUUAGAUCAAGGAAAUAUUCAUCCACAAAAUGAUACUCCUUCUCAAUCUACUCUUAAUGGUGAAGGAAUUUCAUUUGGUAAUUUACAGACUAAUGAUUAUCCGAAUAAUUUAGAUGACACAAUUUAUGACACUUCUAAACAAGAAAAAUUGCAAAUGGAAAUUAAUCCUAUUCAAAAAGAGGAUCUGGAAAAUUUGCCUGAUUUGAAAUUUUUGGAUGCUUCAAAUUUUUGGGACGAUCCGAAUUUAUAG